AUGAGGCUCAAGAACCAUAGCAGUGUGUUUGAGUUCCUUCUCCUGGGGCUUCCCAUCAGACCAGAGCAGGGGGGCAUCUUCUUUUCCCUGUUCCUGGCCAUGUACGUGACAACUGUGCUAGGCAACCUGCUUAUCAUCCUGCUCAUCAGGCUGGACUCUCGCCUCCACACCCCCAUGUACUUCUUCCUCAGCCACUUGGCUUUUACAGACAUUUCUUUUUCAUCUGUCACUGUUCCGAAGAUGUUAACAAAAGGGCAGAACCAGCACAUACCCAUAACCUAUGAGGGGUGUGUUUCACAGACCUACUUCUUCAUAUUCUUUGCUGACUUGGACAGUUUCCUUAUCACUUCAAUGGCCUAUGACAGGUACAUGGCCAUCUGUCACCCUCUCCAUUACACCACCAUCAUGAGUCACAGACGUUGUGCCAUGUUAGUAGCUCUGUCCUGGGUCAUAGCUUGUGCUUGUGCUCUUUUGCACACUAUCCUUCUAGACCACCUUUCCUUCUGUGAUAAUGAGAGCACUGUGUCUGAGUUCAUCCUCCUGGGGCUCCCCAUCAGAGGAGAGUACAAAGGCCUGUACUCUGCCUUGUUCAUGGUCAUGUACCUGACAACUGUGCUGGGGAACCUGCUCAUCAUCCUGCUCAUCAGGCUGGACUCUCACCUCCACACCCCCAUGUACUUCUUUCUUAGCCACUUGGCCCUCACAGACAUCUCUUUCUCAUCAGUCACAGCUCCAAAAAUGCUCAUAAAUAUGCUGACACACAGUCAGUCCAUCUCAUAUGCUGGCUGUGUUUCCCAGGUAUAUUUUUACAUAAUUUUUUGUAAUCUUGACAGCCUCCUUCUGACCUCCAUGGCCUAUGACAGGUAUGUGGCAAUCUGCCACCCUCUACAUUAUACCAACAUCAUGAGCCAGACGCUCUGUGUUCUUUUAUUAGCUGUGUCCUGGGCCUUAUCUACUGCCAAUUCCCUUGUUCACACCCUAUUGUUGACUCGCCUAUCUCACUUUAGAAACAAUGCCAUCCCCCACUAUUUCUGUGACCUCUCUACCUUGCUGAAGCUGUCCAGCUCAGACACCACCAUCAAUGAGCUGGUCAUCCUUGUUUUAGGUAAUGCAGUCAUUACCCUGCCAUUCAUAUGCAUUCUGGUCUCUUAUGGCUAUAUUGGAGUCACCAUUCUAAAAACUCCCUCCAUCAAGGGAAUCCGCAAAGCCUUGUCCACGUGUGGCUCUCAUCUCUGUGUGGUUUCUUUGUACUAUGGAGCUAUCAUUGGACUAUAUUUUGUUCCCUCAUCUAAUAACACUAACGACGAAGAUGUGAUUGUAGCUGUGAUGUACAAUGUGGUCAUACCCAUGCUUAAUCCCUUUAUUUAUAGUCUGAGGAAUCGUGACAUGAAAGGAACACUGAGAAAUAUCCUCAACAGAAGACUGUGUUCACAAUGA